AUGGCCUCGUCGCUCUCGGCCGUGUGCCGUGCUUCGGCCCGCGUCGCCAGCCGUCGAGCCGCCGCCACGCGUGGGCUCGCCACCUCGGCACGAUGCCUCGCCGCGCACAACUUCACCAUGCCCGCCCUCUCGCCCACCAUGACCGAGGGCAACAUUGCCGCCUGGAAGGUCAAGGACGGCCAGCCCUUCAGCGCCGGCGACGUGCUGCUCGAGAUUGAGACGGACAAGGCCACCAUGGACGUCGAGGCCCAGGACGACGGCGUCAUGAUGAAGAUUCUCUCCCACGACGGCAGCAAGUCGGUCCAGGUCGGCUCGCGCAUCGCCGUCGUCGCCGACGCGGGCGACGACGUUUCCGCCCUGGAGAUGCCCGCCGACGAAUCGCCCAAGCAGCAGCAGGCCGCUCCCGAGCAACAGUCCUCGGCCCCGCCCACGACGACGAACCGGAGCGAAUCGGAGCCCGCCCGGGCGGCGAGUCGUACAUCGUCGAGCAGCGACAAGAAGCACGAGCAAAAGUACCCCCUCAUGCCCGCCGUCGAGCACCUCGUCAAGCAACACGGCCUCGGCCCCGACGACGUCGCCACCAUCGCCCCAACCGGGCCCGGUGGACGGCUGCUCAAGGGCGACGUGCUGGCCUUUGUCGGCACUAUCAACGCCGAAGCCCCGUCGACCGUCUCGUCCCGCCUCGAGAAGCUGUCCCAUCUCGACCUGAGCAACAUCAAGGUCGCCCCGUUGAAGCCCGCCCCCGCCAAGGGUGCCGGGUCGCGGGAAGUCGCUGCGCCGCAGCCUCUGCGCAUCAAUGUCCCCGUGUCGCUCGCCAAGGCCGUCGAGGUGCAGAGGAAGAUCCAGGAAACGCUCGGCGUCUUCCUGCCGCUCUCGACCUUUAUCAGCAGGGCCGCCGAGGUCGCCAACGACGACCUUCCCCUCAUCUCCCGCAAGCCGUCCUCCGCCGAGCUUUUCGUUCAGAUCCUCGGACUCGACAAAGUCAAGGCGGCAGGCUCCCGCGGCGUCUACCUGCCCCAAAUAUCUGCCAUCCCCCACGCGUCGAUGCUCGCUCCUCCGCCGCAACCCCGGUCUAGGAAGGCCGUCGAUAUCAUCGAUGAGCUGGCCGGCCCCAGCAGCCGCAAGUCUGCGCCCAAGAAACCUGCCGCCCCCCAUGUCCCGGGGCUGUCGAGCGGCGCCAACGUCUUCACGCUUGUUGUGCCCAAGGAGGAGGAGCAGAGGGCCCAAGUAUUCCUGGAGCGGUGCAAGUUGAUUCUGGAAGAGGAACCUGGGCGGCUGGUCCUGUGA